AACAUCCUUAACCAUGGAAGGACGUGUGGUGGUGACGUUGUUGGCCAUAAUCUCUGCUGCUUCAGCAAGAGUUUGUGCUCCACGAAUCGUCAAAGUUAUAUCUGUCCCCUCACCGAGUUGCGAGUUCAAUGACUGCUGCCAGACAUUCUGUGAGCCCAAUUAUCAGGACUGCUGUGAGUCGUCUAAGUGUGAGGACUGCUGUCAAAACAGCUGUAAUGACUACUGCGAUGAUUGCUACAAUGACGGCUGCAAUGACUGCUGCAAUGGCUGCUGCAAUGACUGCAGUGAAAAAUGCACUACACGGGAUUCAUGCUCUGAACAUGCUAGCGAUAAGUUGGAUUGUUGCUCGAGAACCGAGGCAUGCGACGCCAGGCGAUGCAGCAAAACCUGUGGAAGCAAGUGUGAUAAUAAUUGCUGUGAUAUUUGCGAAGUCAAUAAGUGUGUCACAGACGGCGCUUGUUGCAGGGACUAUGAAGACUGCUGUGUACCACCAAAGUGGCAGGACCGCUGCUACCCCGAAUACCCGGGUUGUAACAGGGCCUGUCCCAUCUUAGAGAACUGUUGCAAUGACUGUUACGAUGGCAGUUAUGAUUAUGGCCAACAGUUUGAUCCCAGUUCCAGGAUGGAUCCAUAUUACCGAGGCAACUUCUACCCACCGAACUUCGUGUGCCCCCCGAGGUGUUUCUUUGUACCUUCAUUAAACAACAGAAGAUGCUUUAUGUUCGACAGGCGGGGUUGUUGUAACUGUCUAUAAUCCUCGUGUUAUAGACUUACAUAUUUACACAUAAAAAAUAUUUACACGACUUUUUCUUAAAACAGUGGAACAGAAGAAUACGAUACUUCGAAACCGAAACAAAGCUAUGUGACGUAGUUUUAAUUCAAUAUUCUAGUACUUAUGUUUUCACAGUGUUCUGAAAAUUGUAUUAAAAAAAAUUAGUGAAGUUCAUUACACAGAUUAUGUUUAGCUCUACCGAACUAUUUAUAAUAUACUUUAUUAUAUAAUGUUUAUAGACAAACAUAAUAUGAUAUAAAUGGCAAUAAAGUAUAUAAGAGGUGAUCAGAAGAGGAAAUUGUUCAGGUGUUUAGUCCUACAUCCAACUAGCAUACUGCUACGUUGUUUCAUUAAAACAAGACUUGAAUUUAAUUUAUUUUCUCAGCAUACGUAGGAUCUGUCGCAUGCAGGUUUACGGAAGCCAUAACAUAUUUCUAACUCUAUAUGUAGGGUAAAAGAUUGAUAGGAAAUUUACUAUUUAACCAAAAUUACUAUUCCGUAACAUUUCAAUCCGUUACAAAAGAAAACGCUCUCUGGAUCUCCUUAAUUACGUAGUAUUAAUACUGAAUAGUAUAUAAAUACAUGUUUAGGAAAAUCUGAAUUUAGACUCGAAUAUUUUAUUAAAUAAAAUUGCAAAGAUUAAUAAUGAUUUAAGACCAAAUAUACACUGCCAUAUUUACCAAAAAAAACAUUAAGGUGUGUGCUUUAGACCACACGAUAAAAGUGAAAUUAACCAACAAGGCGAAAUAAUUAAUAUAAAUAUAAAUUAUAAACAAACAAUAGCUCAUUAUAAAGAGGAUGAAAUGCUGACAAUUUCCCUAGCUUACAGUAUGCAGGUCCGAAAUUUAGUUUCUGCGAUAUUUUAAUCCAUAUCUUCCAUAAAAUUCGUUAUCAUUUGGUUUUCAACACUAUUUUUUUCAUUUUUCCCUCCCUAACAUGGCGUCGCGUUAAAAUAAAAUUUUGAAUAAUAGCGCAUUACAGAGAGUAUAAAACGUUGAACAAUUUCCUCGCUUGCAGUAAGCAGGCCCGAUUUUUAGUUUCUGAAAUAUUUUAAUUCAUAUGCAAAAACACUUCAAUUAGUCUAUUCCACCCCACUUCACUCGAGCGUUACACAUCAGAAAUGUGACGGCUUAAUCUAAUUCGAUCUCCACAAAAAGUGAAAACGCGCCUAUAGAAGUUUUGACUUCUGAAAACCCGACAACAAAAAUUGAGGGAUUCUAUGUAUCCUAAGGAAAUAAUAAUUUGGUGGCAACCACCCCGAAACAAAGUUCAAGAUUUGGAUGUUUAGUACAUGAGACGAAAUCUAUCUAUCUGGAGCCAUAAUACGUAGUAAAAGGCACCCGACUACUAAACCGAGUUUAAAUAAUCGUAGAUGCCAAUUUCCCUUUCAAUUUACCAAGAUGUUGAAGUACAUCUUGGUAGUAAGUACAUUUCCCUAUUUCUUUAGUACCUUCUUUAUUGUUGUAAUAUUCUUAAUUAAUAAUAUUUUAUUAAGAAUAUUAAUGAUAAUGAUAUUAAAUAUAAUGAUAUUAUAUGUAUUAGAAUAUUCAUUGGCAAUACUACCUAGAUUUAAUGGAUUGUUGCAACCUCUCAGUUUGUUAUUGAUGGCAUUUUAUAAUAAAGUUUUAUUGAAAUCAGUA